GAAAUUUUGGUAGCGAGCAAGAACCAAGACGAAGAUUGUAAAUAUUUAGCAAAAAAAAAAAGGAUAGAAAAUGGCAGGAUUGCUAGCAUGGGCAGCAGAUGUAGUAAGAAAAACAGGUGUUAGCGAUGAUGAACAAGACGACGUCGCUUUUGAUUCAAUCCCCUUGAUUUUCACUCCCGAACAACAAAAAUAUGUUCGAGAUUUGGAUCAAAAGGCCAAUUCACUCACUCGUUCCAUUCAAGAUUUGCGCCUCAGACUCCCCCCUCCUGAUAUUUCAGAGCGUCUUCCUCAUUUACACGCCCAUUCUAUUGCAUCUAAUGCUGCCCUUGCUCUUCAAUUGAAUGCUCAUUCAGCCACUAAGGAACAGGCACAAUUAAGAGAGAUUACUUUACAAGAAGAAAAUGAAGCACAUCUAAAGGCUAUAUCAAACUGCGAGAAGAAGAUACAGGAGAAAUUGCAGGAAGCUGAUCUUCUUCAGAAUAAGUUAAAGGAAAUGGACUUGGCUGAAAAUAAUCUGAAGGCUGAACUGGAAAAUGUUCAAGCUUCACUGGAUGCUGAGGGAUCCGGUGACAUGAUUGAUUCAGCAGUUAAACCUAAAGCCGUAGUAGAAGCUAAAGGGAAUAUAGAAGCUCUUCUAGAAAAGUUGGAUAGAAAGAAAAGAGAACUGGGCUCAAUGGAACUGAUUGUUGAGAAUUUGGAAAUUAAGUGGGCAGAAGUGCAACAAAAUGCACUAAAGCAGCCUAGGCCAGCUGAAAGAGAAAAAAUAUUGGACAGACAGCUUCACAGCCUUAUUGAGCAACUAGCAUCAAAGCAGGCACAAGCAGAAGGAUUGGUCAAUGAUAUCCAUGUGAAGGAGAUCGAACUAGAAAGCCUAAAUGGAUUGUGCAGGCGAAUUGACACAAAUACUGCAGAGAUGAAUGCUACCAGAAACAGGUAUAACAGGACAAACUCUCAAAAGGGACCUCUCUAUUCUGAUUAUAUUGUUGAUCCAUACGACAAGCCUCCUUAUAAUGCUAGUGGCCGAGUUGAGAGCCUGCAGAGGCAAAUGCUGAUGAGCUUUUGAAGAACUGUGGAAUGGGACGUGGAACAGAAUAGUUUGUUGAAAGAGAUUGAUUAAUGAUGAUGCUUUCUCAAAAGAAAUCUAGAAGCAAGAACUGAAAUAUAAGAAAAUGGUUUCAAGGUCUGUUUCAAUAAAUGCCCACAGACUUUGAUGAGACAUCUAGAAUUUUAAUCUGGGUUUUAAUUGAGGCAUGUAAGUCUAACUGAUGUUGGAUACUAUGUCCGGAUUACUCCCUCACAAGUUCCCGUUACCAGUCAUGAUAGAAAAAUUACUGUAAAGUGCAUCAAUAUAAAAGUAAAGUAUGUAAUGUUAACUUUGGAUAUAGAUAUUACCCAAAUUAUGCAGAUAAUUUGAACAUGUUGCAUUGAGAUUAUGAAAUUAUUGGAAACUUGUAUUGUAA